AUGGAAGAAGGGCGGCGGCGGUCGUUGGUGGAUUACUUUGAGAAUCUGGAAGACCCGCGGAUUGAGCGCAGCAAGCGGCACUCGCUGCUGGACAUCAUCACCAUAGCCAUCUGCGCCGUUAUCUGUGGAGCGGACACGUGGGUAUAUGUUGAGAUGUUCGGCAAGAGCAAGGAAGAGUGGUUCCGGACCUUUCUGGACCUGCCCAACGGCAUCCCCUCCCAUGAUACCUUCGGUGAGGUUUUCUCCCGGUUGGAUCCGGAACGGUUCCAGGAGUGCUUCAUGGAGUGGAGCCAGGGGGUGGCGGAGUUGCUGCCCGGGGAGGUCGUGGCCAUCGACGGCAAGACGGCGCGGCGUUCCCACGACACCCGAGCAGGCAAGGGGGCCCUUCACCUGGUCAGCGCCUGGGCUUCGGCCAACACUUUGACCCUGGGACAGGUGAAGACGGAGGAGAAGUCCAACGAAAUCACCGCCAUACCCAGGUUGCUUGAGCUGUUGGAACUGAAUGGGUGCAUAGUCACCAUUGACGCCAUGGGCGGCCAGAAGGAGAUUGCCCAGAGCAUCCUGGAACAGGGAGCCGACUAUGUGCUGGCGGUGAAGCAGAACCAGGGACGACUGCACGAGGACUUGAGGGACCUGUUUGAGGAAGCCGAGGCAACGGGUUUUGAGGGUGUCCCCCACGACUAUGCCACCACGCUGAACAAGGGGCACGGACGCCUGGAACGGAGGGAGUGCUGGGCCAUCAGCGAUCCAGACUGUCUGGACUAUCUGAGCACUGGUAAGGAGUGGCCUGGGUUGCGCUCGGUGGUGAAGGUAGUGGGCCGUCGGGAAGCGGAGACCGGGGUCACCGUGCAACCCCGCUACUUCAUUAGCAGCCUCGAUGUGAAUAACCAGGAACAUAAGGCCAGGAAAAGAAGAUUUGUGUUGUUGUCCAGCGAUUACGUCCCCUGUUUUGAAAAGCGAAAAUGUCACCAUGGUUAG